UGUUCAUGAUGUAGUUGCUGAAUUGCUAACUAUCCACUGACACAGCUAAUGGCAAGAAUCCUGCAGGGCUGUUUGUUUUGCUGUUGUAGCAAUUCUCAUUGCAUUGGUGGCAUCUAGCCCAACAAAAGGUUGGAGUGGUCGCAAUUUGAGUCUGCUUGACCCAACCUAUGCAAGCAAGUACAUCCCUAUUAUUGCUAGUGUGAGUGAACACCAACCACCAACCUGGCCUUCGUAUUUUAUGGAUAUCAAUGUGCUGGUAUUCUUAGUUCCUGCUGGGAUCAUAUCAUGCUUCUUACCGUUGUCUGAUGCAAGCUCAUUUUUGGUCUUGUACUUGGUCACAUCAGUGUAUUUCUCUGGAGUAAUGGUCCGACUUAUGCUCGUCCUUGCUCCUGCUGCAUGCAUUUUGUCUGGGAUUGCUCUAUCUGAAGCUUUUGGUGUCCUUACAAGAUAGAUGAAAUUUCAGCGUCCAACAUCAGAUGAUGACUCUUCUACAGCACAUGAUGGUAGUUUUAAUACUCCUGCCAACUCAGAAUCUGUUUCAAAGGAAAAGCCAUCCAAGAAAAAUCGUAAGAAAGACAAAGGCUCAGAGGGAAGUUCUCCUGUUAAUCCUAGAACAGAAGAAAAACUUUUAGUGCUGCCUUGUGGACCAUCUGCUGUGGGUAUAAUGUUGCUCAUCAUACUUUCUGGGUUUUACGUGGUCCAUUGUGUGUGGGCUGCUGCAGAAGCAUACUCAGCACCCUCAAUUGUGCUGACAUCUCGUUCACAUGAUGAGUUGCAUGUUUUUGAUGAUUUCCGUGAAGCUUAUGGAUGGCUGCGCCAUAACACAGAUGUAGAUGAUAAGGUUGCAUCUUGGUGGGACUAUGGUUACCAGACAACUGCAAUGGCCAACAGAACUGUUAUUGUAGACAAUAAUACAUGGAAUAACACACACAUAGCAACAGUUGGGACAGCAAUGGCAUCCCCAGAAAAAGCAGCAUGGGAGAUCCUAAAUUCCUUAGAUGUCAAAUAUGUGUUUGUUGUCUUUGGAGGGCUUAUUGGCUACUCAAGUGACGAUAUCAAUAAGUUCCUCUGGAUGGUCCGAAUAGGAGGUGGUGUAUUCCCGCACAUAAAGGAAGCAGAUUACCUUAGGGAUGGCAACUAUCGUGUUGAUGCUCAUGGCACCCCAACGAUGCUGAAUUCCCUCAUGUACAAGCUUUGUUAUUACAGAUUUGUUGAAACUGAUGGCAAGGGCUUUGAUAGAGUGAGAAGAUAUGAAAUAGGGAAGAAGCACUUUAAGCUGACCCAUUUCGAGGAGGUUUUCACUACCCACCAUUGGAUGGUUCGGAUUUACAAACUAAAACCUCAAAAGAACAGAGUCAGAGGGAAACUGAAACUAAAAAAAUAGUUCAAAAACAAGUUCCAGUGGAAAGAAGCGUCCAUGGUAAUAUAGAUCAGAAAGGUGGGGUGCUGGACAACUGGAAUCGUCCAUGAACCACAAAGCACAAACUAAUGAAAAAAGGAAUUAGACUAGAAAAAUCAGCAUUGGUUUGUUCUUGAUUAUUGUCAUUGAGCAUGGUAUAGGGAUACUCUGCAAUUCAUAGUUUUUUUGCCAUUCCACCCUCCCAAUACGUUUCUCCAGACAGUGGAGGUCUGAUGAUUUUUUUUAAUGUGUUCUGGAGUGCGUCUUUUAUUAUCGUUAAAAAUACGGCAUUCGUUUGUAGGGAUCUGACUGGGUGCCUGCCCAUUAGGAAUUAUUGGAUUCCAGUUUCUAUCAAGUAGACAUUAGUGACAUGUUGUAGCAAGUUGCUUACUAUUUACAGUUUACAGA